GUAAAUUUCACGCCUGGCGGAUGGUCUGUGCCUUUUUCUCUGCGUCGCGUGUUCCUUCCCCUUCCACCGCACACACAGACAGCCAGGAUGUCCAAGGAGACCCCUCAGCUUGGCCCCGACGUCAAGGAUGGCGAGCUCGUCUUUGGCGUUGCACACAUCUUUGCGUCCUACAACGACACUUUCGUUCAUGUGACUGAUCUUUCUGGAAAGGAAACCAUGGUUCGUGUGACUGGCGGUAUGAAGGUGAAGGCCGAUCGCGAUGAGUCGUCGCCAUACGCUGCGAUGCUUGCCGCCCAGGACGCCGCUGCCCGCUGCAAGGAGCUCGGCAUCACCGCUCUUCACAUCAAGCUCCGCGCCACCGGCGGUGUGCGCUCCAAGACCCCUGGCCCCGGCGCGCAGUCCGCGCUCCGUGCCCUUGCCCGCUCUGGUCUCCGUAUUGGCCGUAUUGAGGAUGUCACUCCCAUCCCCAGCGACAGCACAAGGAAGAAGGGUGGUCGCCGUGGUCGCCGUCUGUAAACCACACAUGCACGCACACAUUUUGGCUUUUUGGUCCCCAGUUCUUGGUGUGUGAGUGGCGGCGUUGGUGAUGAUGUGUUUGUCUCCUUUACUUGAGAUGUACGUGUGCCAUGACGGUUCCCUCCCUCACAAGUACACGUGCAUCAACGGACAACCGACCACGUAUUCGAGUGUCUGUGUGUGCUGGUUGU